GCCAGGAAGAAGAAGAGGGAGAAGCAGCAAAAGAAGGAUGGCGGGGACGGGGAGCAGGACCAGCUGGAGGAGGCGAGCAAGCUGCUGCUGAAGGUCCUGCACGUCUCCGAAAACCCGGCGCCCUUGGCGGUCAAAGCCAGCCCGGGCGUCAAAGAUGUUCGACCCUUCAUUGUGUGCUGCGUGCUGAAGGGAGUGAACUUAAAGCCGGGAAAUGCCCUGAAGAGGUUCCUGUCUGUGCAGACUAAACUGCAUGAAGACAUUUGUGAAAAGCGGACAGCAGCCACAAUUGCCACCCACGACUUGCAGCUGAUCAAAGGUCCUCUGGUAUACGACGUUCAGCCUCCUGAUGAGCUGAAGAUAACGCCCCUGGGUCGAAAGGAGAUCAAGGCAAAGGAUCUUCUCCGUCAGCUGCAGUUAGAAGCUGAGGAACAGAGGAAACAGAAGAAGCGUCAGAAUGUCUCUGGGUUGCACAAGUAUCUCCAGUUAUUGGAUGGCAAAGAUAAGUACCCGUGUCUUGUGGAUGCCGAAGGCGUUGCGAUUUCUUUCCCACCAAUAACCAACAGUGAGAAAACAAAGAUUAGAAAAGAGACCCGCGACCUGUUUCUGGAAGUGACAAGCGAUACCAGUCUACAGAUAUGCAAAGAUGUCAUGGACACACUGAUUCUGAAAAUUGCAGAACUGAACAGAUACACCUUGGAAAAUAAGGAAGACUCAGGCUCAGAUAACGAACCUGAUGCUCUGUGUGAACCGGUGAAUUUGAACCCCAGCCAAAAUGUACAGCCAAUGAAUUUUCCAUUGGUAGUUGAGCAGGUUCGAGUGGUGGACACAGAUGGAAACUUGAGAGUACUUUAUCCUUCAAAAACUGACCUAACCACAGUUUCUUCUCUUCUGACUGUAAUACGUUAG